AGUAGAAUAUGUUCUACCGCACACAAAAUCAUUGCUCACUAAACUUUGAGUUUGAGUUUGUGCGUAAUUAGUAUUAAACUGGUCAAAAUGGGCCUAAUUACAGCAGUUAAUAUCCUAAUUAUAUUAUCAUUAAUAUCAAAAGCAAUUACGCAUUCAUCGCCGAUGUGUGAUAAUUGUACUUGCUUGGUGCACGAUGACAAAUUUAUCUUCGACUGCUCACAUUCACCAUAUUUAGUGGUAAAUGAACUCUAUCAGGAUGCUAAUUUUGUGGACAUUUCAAGUGAUAAUCAAACCUUGUAUGACAUUUAUUACUUAAAUAUGACUGGAUUACCAAUUGAGAAUGUGCAUACUAUUUUACCAAACAGUAGUGUGAAAGUACUAGAUUUGACAAAUACAAUGAUUAUGGAUAUAACCAAUGAAGCGUUUAAAAAUCUUCAACAGAUGGUUGAAUUGAAAUUGAGUUAUAAUUUGUUGGAUGGGUUAUCGCCUGAUUUGUUUAAGGGAUUACAACUUGAUGGCAAAGAUUAUCCUCUCAGAUCUUUGAAAAUCCUGCGUUUGGACCACAAUAGACUGCACACAAUCCACAACGAUGCCUUCCAACAUAUUGAACAAACAAUUGAAGAACUAUAUCUACAAAACAACCCUUUAAAAAUCAUCGAUUUGUCCACUUUGCAAGCAAUCCACGGAAUUUUAAAUUUGAGAGUCUUAGACUUAUCCAGCACUGAUAUAAUUACAUUACCGCCAGAUUUUCUACACACUCCUGGAAAACUCGAAGAGUUAUAUUUGAGCAACAAUUUAAUUACUAACGUUACUUGUUUAGGAUUAGGCAUGGCGCACGUAUUGAAAAGAUUGACUUUGAGUGGAAACCCAAUUAUUAACAUCACAGAAGAAACUGCUUUUCCGGAAGUACCUACUUUGGAGUUUUUACACAUGUGUAAAAUGCCUGAGUUGGAAGUAAUUGGUGAUCACGCAUUGUGUGCCUUAACAGGACUGAAAGAAUUGCAUAUGGCUUACAAUCCUAAGCUACAUUCUAUUAGUGAGAGUGCUUUGACACAUGUGGAAACAGGAUCAGAGGCUCCUGUUAUCUCAUAUUUGAAAAAAUUGUAUUUGAGUAAUAAUGCUUUGACAAGAUUGGAAUUGGCAAUGCAUUGGAGUGCUUUAGAAGACUUGGACAUUAAUGGAAAUCCAUGGACCUGCGAAUAUGAAAAUCAAUGGAUUGUUGAUACAUUACUGCCGGUUUAUUGCAAGAUAAAUGAAAAACGAUGCAAAGAAUUAAAAUGUGCUGCACCUAUUGAAAUGGAACAAUAUACUUUCUAUGAAUUACACGAGAAGAAGUAUAAGAUGCGUCGUUUGGAUCAAUAUGGUAAUCAUCCGGAAAACGAUGGAAUUAUUCUUGUUUGUUUCAUGCUGGGUCUUCUGAUUGGUAUUGUUGUUAUCUUGUUCGGUGUGUAUGCAUGGAAACGCCACUGGUUUGGAAUCUUUGACAAGUCGCCGGCUGCUUAUUCCAGGCAGUUUUAUGGUAGGACGACGACCCAAGAUGAAUACAUUGAGUGAAAUACGUAAAUAGAUUAAAAUAUUUUUGGAGCUGUUUUUUUUAUGGUCGUAUGAGUCAGAUUUUAUUUAAAAUAAAUAUUAAUUUAUUUUAAGCUAGCUUCUAUAUGUGUAGGUUUUAAUAAACUGUUGCAUAAGUAA